AUGCAGGAUCCCGUGGUGCUAGGAGACACGGGCAACACCUACGAGCGAAGCACCAUAUCCAUGUGGCUGGAGCGCUGUGCGCGUGCGGGCCGGGCCGCUACAGAUCCGCUCACCGGCCUCGUCGUGGGGGAUGCUCCCAAGAGCCUGAUCCAGGGCUGGGCCUCCCGCCACUACAUCGUCGACCUGGGGCGCUUCAGCAAGGCACGGAGGACGAAGCGGGCCACCCCCUCAAAGCAGCCUGCAACCGAGGCGGCGAUUGGGACGAGUGGCAGUCCUUCCACCACACCAGCCUCUCCCAGGACCGCCGAGCACCAGGGCCCGGACUCGCCCACCCACCGACUGGAGGGCGGGGCAUCGAGGAGUGAGGGACACCAUGCCGAGCCGCCUGCCCUUCCCCCGCCCCGCCCUGCCAGGCCGCUCUACCCUGACCCCGGCGACCCCGCCUCGGCCCGACUGGGGCUGGACGGCGUACCCGAGGCCCUGGCGGCCCUGCACCCCUCCCGCCUCGCCGCCGGCGGGUACCCCGCGCAGGCCAAAGCGGCCUACGCUGCACGCACGCUGAGCACGCUGGCCUCCCAGCGGGAGGCGCAGGAUGCCAUGAUGGAGCACCAAGCAGUGCCACUGGCCCUCGUCCUGCUGGGCAGGCGGCUGGCGCCAGCAGACGCCACACCCCACCUCCUCCGAAUCCUGCAGCGGCUGGCAGCCUGGCGUGGCGACGUCGCCCAGGAGAUUGUGGCCUGCGGUGGCAUCCUCACGGCGGCCAGCCUCCUGUCGGAGCCUGCCCCCGAGGUGCGGGCCGCCGCGGCCUCCCUCCUCUAUUUCCUGGUCCAGCAGCAACCGGGGCGGGGGCGCCAGGCCGCCCUGGACGCCCUGGCCGGGCAGGCCGCGCGUGGGCGCAUGCCGCCGCGCCCGCUGAUGGCCUUCUGGCGCUGGCAUCGGCCGGUGCCAGGGGCCGAGGCCGGGGCAGGGCCAGAGGGCGAGACCGAGGCUGGCGCGUCGGCGGGCGCGCUGGCGGCGGCCGACGCCAGCCUGGCAUGCCUGGUGCAUGCGCUGGUCUCCGGGGAUGUGGGAUUCUGCCGCGCAGACGCCCUGGACGCGCGGGACACAGCCCAGCUGGCCGGGCUGUGCCGCGGGCUGUGGCUGCUGUGCGCCGCCCGCGGCACCGACCCGGCGGCCGUGCGCGCGGCGUGCCACGCCAGCCCCCACUUCCCCGAGUUCGUGCGCGGCGUGCUGCGCUGUGCGGCUCUGGACCCCGGCUCGCCCCUGCUCCCCCGGCUCCUGGGCUGGCUGGGGGCGCUGUGCCACGAGCCGCGCUCCCCCUCUGCCUCGCUGGCCGCGGCCACGGAGGGCGUGCGCGCCGCCCUGGCGACCGUGCUGCCGGACCUGCUGCCGGCGCUGCUGCGGGAGGUGGAGGCGGGGACGGCCUCGCCCCCAGGCAAGCGAUGCUGGUGGUGGUUGGGAGGCUCGCUGCGCCGCGCCGAGCUGGCAUGCACGCUGACGUGCAACCUGGCGGCCAGCCGCGGCGGGGCAGGCCUCGGCCCCUCCUCGGCCGAGGCCCCCGCCGGCCCGAGCGGCAGCGGCGGCCUACACAAGGAUGAGCGGCCCGCCUCCAUCGAGGAGAGGGCCCACCUUCGGGGCUUGCUGGACAAGGCGACCGACAUGGUGGCCCAGUCCCGGUUCUUCAGCCAGCUGGUGGCAAGCUUCCAGGAGCUGGCCUUUCCCUCAGAUGCUCAGGAGCACCCUGCUGGGGAAGGGGCAUCCCCACCCCAAACCCUGGCACAGGUCCCGGUACGAGCCACAGUCUGGGGCCUGGGCUCGCUGCGACAGCCGCGCGCAGCGCACAUCCGGUGCCAGCUGGCGCUGCUCUGCCUCUUGAGGGCUGGGGUGCUGCAGCGGCUCUCUGGCCCCAUCACCGCGGUGGACCCUGCCUUCACCCCCGCCGAUGUAGACCUGCUGGAGUCCCUGGGGAUGGAGGCGCGUCUUGUCCACGCAGGGAACACUCCAGUGGCCCGGAAGCCCACGCUCUUCUUCCUGGCACACUGCAGCGCGGACCUCACCGAUUCCCUGCUUUCCAGCAACCGUGCGGCCGGCACGCUGCACAACCUGGUGCUGCUGGGCAACAGCCUGUCGGCCAUCGCCGCCGCCUGGCAGCACGGGGGACCUGCGGCUGGGCACGCCGCGAUUUCCACCAUCCUGGACCUGGUCCAACCCGGCUCCUGCAUGCGGGAGGUGGCGCUGCCGGAGUACGCCUUCCCCGUGAUCUCCGCGUUCAACGACAUCAGCAUCCACACCUUCUGGGCGGCCCCGCCCCUGAAGCAAACCGACUAG